AUGCGCGACCUCCGAAAACAGGCUCUCGAGAGCCACAAGACCAUGUCGCGCAAGGCCCGCUCGCGCGUCGCAUCUACAACAGCCUCAAAGACAACUUCGGCAGCCGGAUCACCAGCACAGUCGCGCGCCGCCAGUCGCAACCGACAGCUCGACUCGGAAGAAGAAGACGAUGGCCACCUCAGCGACGGAACUGCCUGGAGCACAGCAUCUAUCGACGAUGUACUCAACGGCGAAGAUGUCAACAUCCCCGAAGAUGCGUGGAAGGCUGAGCUCAAUACGCGCAUCGAGCAGAUUACCAACCUCAAGCGCAGCAGCACCGAGGGCCGCACCGAGAGCCUGAAUGCAUACGCGCACAUACUCAUGGCCCGGUACGCAAGAGAGGAGGUCGAAAGCCACGUAGGGGAGCUGGUCUCGUCGAUGAUUAAGAGCAUCAGGCAGGAGACGACAGAGGCGGAGACUGUCAAGGCCCUGAAAGCGCUCGCCGUCACGGCCGUGACUAUCGACUCCGAUAGCAUCUACGAAGAUAUUGCCGACCAACUCAAGCGGACGAUACAGUCCUCUUCCUCCAUUGCGGUCAAAGUCAAUGCGAUUCACACACUCGGCACAACUGCCUUCUUCGCUGGGGCUGGCGACGAUGAGAUCUUGGACAUUAUGAGUCUUCUUAUAGAGAUUAUUGAGUCGGACGGUGCAUCCAUCGACGCGCAAGACGAAGGCAACGUUGUGAUUGCUGCCUUGGAAGAAUGGGGUCUCCUCGCGACCGAGAUUGAAGAUCUUGAGGAAGAAACAGAAGCCGCAAUGGACGCCUUUGUCGAGCAGCUCGAGAGCGCCGACUCUGGUGUUCAGAUCGCAGCAGGCGAGAACAUUGCGCUCCUCUACGAAAAAUCCCUCACUCCCCAAGAAGAAGACGAGGACGUUCAGGAAGACCAAGACUCGGAUGAUCCAGAACACGUUCGAGACGGUGAACGACUAGUCAAGCGCUACACCGUCUACCGAAGACAAGACCAGCUCUUGCACACGCUCGACGAACUCGCCAACGUCUCCACACGCCGCAUCUCCAAAAAGGACCGCAAGGCACUACACUCCUCGUUCGCAGAUAUCCGCAACACGGUUGAGAAGCCCGCGCGCGGCCCUGCCUACUCCACUGCCCUGCACGAAGAAACUGGCAAGGCCUACGGAGCGGGUAGGAUGAAAGUCAAGAUCAACAAGAACGUGGAAGUUCGCAUCGACAAGUGGUGGAAAUUGCAGAGGUUGAAUGCCCUGCGACGGACGCUGCAGGGUGGGUUUACUUACCACUACGACCAGAACGAAAUGGUCUCGACGGCUCUUCCUUUUUCCAUGUCUGCGAGGCGGUAA